AUGGGGAAACCGCAAUACAAUCAGGCAUUUUGGUCUGAAUGGCUGAAGGACAAACUAUUUUUAGAUUGGUUGUCCGAGUAUGAAGGCGAUCCAUUAAAAGCAUUUUGCAAAGUCUGUUGUUGCCAAAUAAGGGCCAAAAGAGCUGAUUUAAUAAACCACAGAAACACUAAAAAACACGAAACGGCCAGUGGAGCUAUUCGUUUACAUGCACCAGGCAGUAUAAAAUUAAUAAAACUUAACAAUAAGACAAACCAUGCUGAAGCGGCAAUUGCUUUAUUUGUAAGUGCCCAUUGCUCUAUUUUAUCCUCUGACCAUUUAGGAGAGUUAUGUAAGUUGCAAUUUUCUGGAGCACAUGCAGAUAAUAUUCAUCUCCAUCGCACAAAGCGCACUGCAAUAAUCAAUAAUGUUCUUUGCCCAUACUUUGAGCUAAAAUUAAAAGACGAUAUUGGGAAUAACAAAUAUAGUAUUCUUGUUGACGAAUCAACUGACAUAUCAGUUACAAAGUUUCUGGGAAUUGUCAUUAUAUAUUAUAGCACCUUAAAAAGAACCAUAGUAACAACUUUUUUAGGAUUGGAAGAACUUAUGGAAGGUAACGCUUUAGCUAUUGUUAAUGCUAUAAAGUCUUGUUUAAAAAAAUAUUCUUUAAACAUAAAGAAUAUGAUAGGCCUAGGAACAGACAAUGCGAGUGUUAUGAUAGGAGUCAACAACGGAGUACACAAAUUACUGAAAGAUGAAAAUCCAUACAUUGUCCUUAUUAAAUGUGUAUGUCAUUCUUUAAAAUUAGCUACAUCUCAUGCAGUUUCUGAAAAUACAUCAACUCUUAGACAGCAAGCAUAUUAUAAAGAGUUAUUUACAACUUUAAAUGAUGGAUGUGAACCUUUAAAGAUUGUGCAAGCAUCAAACACUCGUUGGCUUUUCAUUGAAGUGGCAGUUUCUCGGGUAAUAGCCCAAUGUGAAGAAAUAGAAAAUACUGAAACUCAAUGGCGGAAAAUAAAUUUGGUUUCGUGGAAACAUACAAAUUCAUCUAUCGAUUUUUGGACUGAAGUCAAAGAAUUUAAAGAUGCAGCACAAUGUUAUAUAUUUAAAGAAUUAGCUAAUUUUUCUUUGACAGUUCUGUGUUUGCCAUGGUCCAACGCUGCUGUUGAAAGAAUUUUUAGCCAAAUGAACAUUGUAAAGUCAAAAGCAAGAAAUAAAAUAGCUGCGUUACCCCAGCACCCGUACUUUCGAAAUCAUGAAUUGUUGUUGAAACAUGAAUUUUCAUGUUUGAAAUAA